AUGCUUCGGACUUCUUUGCGGUCUGUGUCAGGCCCUUUAAGUCGACAUGUCUGUCUCUCUUGUCUGCCGCGCCCUGGCGCGCUCGGUUUGCGCCAGUUUCACCGCAUAUCUGCACUCCGUACCAAUUCAGGUGAAAUAGAGCCGAAGACCGAUUCAAUUGACGCGUCGACCGAACCUUCAGUGCCGCUAGCGCCCAAUGGCCAGAUCCAAGACACGAAAGAUGCCGCCUCUUCCAAACCUCAAAAACCCGCGCCAUUGCAACCUAAACCGAGAGAGCUCACUGCUCUAAUAUGGUAUGGGAUGUCUGCCACACAAAAGAGCAAUUACAAACAGCGGCAUUACCCGGCCUUCAGAGAGUUCCAGCAGUCACUUAUAGCCGGGAGAGACCUUUCAUUCUGGGCAGCAUACAAGUUGGAACUGAGGCGGGCGAGAGCAGCACAGCGAGAGGCCGCCACGUCAGGUGCAGUAUCGAUAGAAGCAGCACUGGUGGAAGCAGACAAAGUCAAGGCCUUGCGGACAGCGGAUAUACAUGCCAAACGACAAGAAAGAAGGGCCAAGGCCAAGGAGAGAAAACGCUUAGCCAAUGCUAAGAUUACGACAGACGGACCAGCAGAUACGCCAGCGGUCAGUGAACCCAGCAAGAGCACGCUCGAUUUGAAGUCCACUAGCAAUGUAGUUGCCCAAAUAUUGGACGCCAGCUCUAAGAACGGUAUUGCAAGUUCGAAUGAGCCAACACCCACGCAGAAGGCGGACAAACCAGCACCCAGGCAGAAGGUGGAUAUUCCAGCACCCACCCCGUGGUCGGAUAGGCCAGAAUUCAGGGACAAUGACGAAGUCCUUGAUUUCAUCAAAAACCACGUUAUGUCUAAAGAUUGCGGGUCUGUUGACUCAACGGAGCAGAGCCUAAAAGAGGUGCGUGUCUCCGUGCCUCCUGUCCCACGCGUCGCCUUUGGUCUCGACCGAGUGCUUUUCAAUCCUGGUGUCUACCAGCUACGUGACCCUCGGUCUUUAGUCUUCAAUUUCGACCCCUACCUGGACCAGAUCAUGCCCGUGACGGAAUUUGACUUCAGUGCCUUGAAGCCAUAUAUCACCUCCUCACAAGAUGAGACAGCUUGCGAAAUCACCAAGAAAAAUAAGAAGAAGUACUACGGCUCGUCAUCGAGCAUGACUUCAGUUCUCGCUCAUUUCCAUUAUCUUCUGUCCGCGUGGCGGCCUGUCGAUACUAGCAAAAUUAGUCGGGGUUUCGAUGACCCUCUGAGGACGUUCACCCGUCUCCUUCGAGCGCCGACUGCUAUGUUCCUCCGUUAUAAGGAAGAGGAGGAUAUUUACGCCAUUGAUGCGGACAAGGAAUACGACCACGCUAAUAUUCUUAUGAAUCUGGGCAAGUCAAUGGAGAAGCAACUCACGAUGCCAAAGGAUCAGUUUGAGCGCUACCGCCGCAGUGAUGCGAACAAGAUCACUGCCGAGGAAGAAGCAAACACUCCGGAGUCCUACCACUACAGCACCCUCGGCAAAUUCCUCAUGCGAUCGCAGCUCGACGCCUACGAUCCCAGACUUCCAGGCACUGGCAUGUUCGACUUGAAAACCCGUGCGGUAGUUUCAAUCCGCAUGGAAUCCACGGAGCACGAGCGCGGGAUGGGCUACGAGAUCCGACGCCGCUAUGGCAAGUGGGAGUCUUACGAACGCGAAUACUUCGAUAUGAUCCGCGCCGCCUUCCUCAAGUAUUCCCUGCAGGUGCGCGUUGGCCGCAUGGACGGCAUCUUUGUCGCGUAUCACAACAUCGAGCGCAUCUUCGGCUUCCAAUACAUCCCUCUCGACGAGAUGGAUCAGGCUUUGCACGGCACGCCUAACACCUGCCUUGGCGACAAAGAAUUCGAACUAAGUCUCGGCCUGUGGGAGAAGAUCCUGGACAAGGCCACGAAGAAGUUCCCCAAGAAGUCCCUGCGUUUCCACUUCGAGGCCCGCGAGGGUAACCCCCCCUACAUGUUGAUCGUCGCGCAGCCCGUCACGGACGAGCAAAUCGAGGCCAUUCAGACAAAGAACAAAGCCCACAUCGACGCCAUCCAGGACCGCAUUCUCAACCCAGACCAAUACAUCGACGGCCAUAUCCCAGAGACAGCCGUGGAGGCCGACGAAGACGAACCCCUCUAUCCAGAAGAGGAGUCAGUCGAAAAGGACUUCCUGUUCCCAGGAGAGGAGUCACUCGAACCCGAACCUACCUAUUCAGAGGUGGACUCGACGGAAUCAAGUCUACAGGACGCUCCCCCAGUAGAAUCCCUGGCCGACGAGCUCUUCCCGAAAGAGGCCGGCGAGGAAGAAUCCGACGCCAAAGCCGAAGAAGCCGAAGCCGAGGCAUUAGAAUACAAGCCCCUGUUCGAGCUGCCCGCCGAACCCAAACGCCCGAAACCAACCAAGAGCGUACCCAGACGCACCCCCCCCCACAUCGGCGACUUCGACGAGGACAUUCUAGGCAUGACGCUCAUCGUGAACAACAAGGUGAAUGGCGUUCCGGUGCAGCGGCCGACGUGGUUCACGGCGUCCGACAGGUGGACGAUUGACUACGAGCUCAACGAGCUCAGUGUGGAAGAGAGCAACCAUAUUCUGGCUGCGAUCAAGCAUCGUCGCAAUGUGGCGUUGAAGAAGAACGUGCAGGAUCAUGAUGCUGGUUUCUUCGCGAUUUUGAAAAAGAUCACUGAGAAAGGACGUGUUUGGCGGAAGAAGAUGGAUCAGAAGGAUCGUGAGCGUGGGCUUCUUGUUUAUAAAGAUUCUUGUGAUAUGUGA